AACGAUAUAACCGACUCGAAGUCAGUAGAGCAAUCCGACAUCAGUGGUUGACUGCUGUUGUCACGGGAUGCUCUUCACCCUGCGAGGUCGUAAAGUAAACACACUCAGAUUGGUAGCAGCAAGCAGUGAAAGGAUCGAACGAGGCUGGAACCAACACAAAUUUGCACCUGUCGGGUUACAACAGCCAUUUUUUUCGACAUCGUUUAGCUACACUCGACGGGAUGAAAGGGGGAGACACAAUGGAGAUGCUGUGUUUCCGCUUGUCCGGCCAUGGGGAUAUGACUCUCCAACACAUGAAUUCUUUGAGGUCUCACCACCACUUUUGUGACAUCACCAUUUUGACCAGCAACAAUCAAACAUUCAGCGGACACAAGGUAGUGCUGGCUGCUUGCUCACCGUUCUUGAGAGACCAGUUCCUCCUCAGCCCCUCCUCUAAGCUUCAGGUGUCAAUGCUGCACAGCUCCUCGGUCAUGUGCGAUCUGCUGCAAUCCUGCUACACCGGUGUUCUACAAUUCAAACCAGAGGAGAUAGUCAACUAUUUGACUGCUGCGAGUUACCUGCAGAUGGAGAAUAUUGUAGAGCGCUGCAGGGAUGCUCUGAAGAAGUACAUGCAGCUGAAAAACCCCAAUCCACUGAAUAUAACAACAGAAGAGAGACUUUCUCAGCCUGUGAUUGUCAGUGGCAGCAUUCAUUCCAUGGCAUCACCCCCUGGCAGCCGACCCUCUCCUGUGCACAGUCCCGAAGUGCACUUGGUGGAAGAGAACAGUACACUGGAUAGAAGUCAGGACACUUAUUGUAGUCCUUUGGUGGAAAAACCUUGUUUGAAGGUUAAUGCAUCCGAGCAGGGAGGAGACACCCACCGUGACGUAUUUCAAGUUUACAUCUCUGACGAAGAGCAGAACAGUAUCAAGGGGGAUGAGGCAGAAGCUCCCACUGAAGAGCCUAAGGAUGCCUGUUCCCCUGCAACAGAGGGUACUGUGGGAGGAAAUAGCAGCGACUAUGACUUGAAUCCAACAACCGAAGGUCCUGGAAUGGACGGCUUCUCAAGGGAAGGCCUGCGCCCUUUCAGACACAGGCUAUCCGAACCUGGUCGAGGGCGAGGGAGAGCAAUGGCGAGGGGUUUUAAGAGGAGACGCUGGGCAUCAUCUCAGGAGAAAAAAUCUCGAUCAGCCCCCCAAGAUUUGUGGUAUCUCGCAGGGACAGCGGGCAGCUUUGGGAUGGACUUCAGCGAAGGCCUCAAGCCAGGAAGUUUUUUCUCAGUCGACCUCCCUCGAUUGGACUUAAGUUUAGAUGACGCUCAGGGGGAGAAGUCAUUGGCACUGGCCACCAAUAGUUUGACACAUUUUGCAGUGGAUAACUCGGGCGAUACCGGUGAGGGGGGUUGUGGAUUGAAUGCCGGUACGAGCGAGGGAGGAGAUGAAUCUGUCGCCGUGGUGGGUUCCACUUCCAGCGUAACCGGCCCUGUCAUCUGUGAGCACUGCGGUGUGACGUGCCCCUCAACGCAUGCCCUCGCCAUGCACUACUGCUCUGCUCACCAGGUGUAUGCUUGCCCUUUCUGUGACAAGCAGUUCCAUCACUCUUACAACCUGAAUCGGCACAUGGCCUUGCACCGGGGCAACGGCAAACCCCACCAGUGCCCCCUGUGCUCCAAGGGCUUCACCCAGAGGUCUACACUCAUCGACCACAUGAACCUCCACAGCGGUGAGCGCCCGCAUCGCUGCGCGUACUGUCAUGCCCGCUUUGCCCACAAGCCUGCCUUGCGGCGCCACCUGAAGGAGCAACACGGCAAAACGACAGUGCAGAAUUCCAUCCACGAGCAGGAAGAGCGCGAGAGAUCGCUCGGGAGGAUACGAGAAGAAGCACAAGAAUGUCCUGUUACUGAGCAAGCAUCUUAAAAACCAAAUAAUUUAAACCUAAACUAGUUUAAUCAUGUAAACGUAGUUUAGCGGGGAGGCCUUUUAAAUAUCUGUAAUUUUUAGUGUUAAUCUGAUUUUUAUUUUGUAAUUUGUAUACAUAGUGUCAGAUGUCUUUGUUGGGAAGAAAAAAUAGAUUUUUAAAAAGAUUUUUUGUUAAAAAUAUGUUUUAAUAACUAAAUACUUUAUUCCAUGUGCACAACAUUAAUAGAAUGUUUUGGGGCAUGCAAACCUAAAAGUCUUCACACCUGUUUAAGGUUUGUUAAACCUAUGAUUCCUUUAAGCAUCAAUGAUGUGGGCCUCCUGGUAAUUACUGUUAAAAAAAAUAAAUAUUUGACGUCUGU